AUUUAUGAAGCUGGAAACGUUUCCACAAUCUUGACCCACUACGGGUUAUGCUACUUUGUGGAAGUGGAAGCGGAUGUCCGUAACAUACAUUGCGUCUUGGAUCCGCAAGAGUAUGACUAUUUGAUCUACGGAUACAACGCAGUGGGAUUUCGCAUAUGGCUACAUUUUACCAAGAAACAGGCGAUAGCCGAUUUGAAAGUAGACGAGCACUCUACAUACGUUGAUCUUCAUUCCGCGGAUGCUCAAAUCAAAGGCAUUCGUCCAAACGAAGUGAUUGUCGGCUCAGAUUUUGACACGGUGAUCCGUGUUGUUGGGAACUUGAAGGCUCGUACAAGAUGUCAAGCAAUCACUUACCCAUCAUGCGGCCUAUCAUGUUUGGGUACUGAGAAUGAUGUCAGUGAGCAGGAUAACGCGUUUAAAAACAAAGGAACCUUCAAAUGGCAGCCAGAGAAUUUGCAUUCAGGGAAGUUUCCAAAUAUACCUGAGAAUUCUUGCUUGCCAUAUGUGCUCUCCGCUUUACAACUUUCAAAAUCUUCCGUAUAUCAGAAACUGCUGGCACUGAAAAAUCCAACAAUAUUUCAGAGAAAUGCACUUGCGGUCUCGAUGGGUUUACGCAUUCAACAACGCGCUUUCCUACGACUGGCCAACGCUACCGCAUUUGAAGAGCUGCGCGCAUCACUGGACGCGUUUGGUGAUUUACAAAAUGGACUAGAGAACAUUUCAACACAAGUCUAUAAUAUUCGCCGGCGCCUAGGGAGCGAUGAUGUGAAAUUUACACAGCUUAUUCGAGUAGAAAUCGGUUAUGUUUUCACAGUACCACAUCCAAUUGUUUCCCGUGAUUCAUUUAUAGGAAGUGUAAGUUACGCUUUAAGCUGUGCAGAGGAACACUGGCUAGCAGGUUAUUCCACGAACACCUUCACCAAGCAUCAAACUAAUACUGCUAGUGACUACAUUCUUGAUCCGAGUUGGAACUAUCUGAUUAAAGAAGACAUGGAUCGCCGUAGUCGGCUAGAGCUGCAAAUACUAGACAUGUUUUUCAAGAAUAUCUCUCCCCAAACUGUUUUAAAAGAACUCUUGCGACGUCACUUACGCAGCCUUUCCGCAGUACGUAUGCAGCUUCGGCCAAGAAAAGUGGCAGGGCCCUCUACUGUUGCCCCUCUAGACGUCCAACUUCCGAGAGGAAUCGAAGUGAUUUCUACCUUUUCCCCAACAAUAUCAUGUAAUAAUGAACUACCAGAGAGUAUGCGAUAUGCAUAUGACAAUGAACUGCUUGAAUUGGGAGAGAGCGUAGCUUCUACCUUACAAAGGCUUGAUUGGUUUUCCAACCACAUGCAAGAAAUUGUCAAGGUGAAUCGAGCCGUAAUUAGCACCUUUCAGCUUUCGCACGCAAAUCUCUCACAAGUUCCACACACAAGCCUUGUAUCCUUCUCAGUGCAAGUCGAAAGAGAUGCCAGCACGAUGGUCGCCCACAGCCUCUCUUCAUUAGACAACUUGCUCAGUUCAUUUAGUAAGUUUUUGAGUAACUAUAGACAAUGA